GUGCAUAACAAAUUAGAGAUGAUGACCCUACGUUUCGUCUGAUUCUGACUUUAACUCUAUUUUUGCUUCCUCCUUUCCCUCAAUACUCGUUUCUUCAUUCAUUCAUUCAUUCAUUCAUUCAUCACACUACCCGUGAUCUUUUCUCUCUUUUCAAUUUUAAUUUCUCAUUUGUUUUUCAUAUUUUGAUUUUAUUUUUUAAAAAAUGGAUACUAUUGAUGAUAUUGCUGAAGAGAUUUCUUUCCAGAGUUUUGAAGAUGAUUGUAGGCUUCUUCGUAGUCUUUUUUAUGAUGUUCUUUUUAGAGAAGUUGGGUCUGCUUUUGUUCAUGAACUUGAACGUAUUAGAAUUCUUGCUGAGAGUGCAUGUAACAUGAGAAGUUCGGGAAUCGAGGACACAGCUGGAUUGCUUGAGAAGCAGCUUAUAUCUGAGUUGUCAAAAAUGGAUUUAGAGGAAGCUGUAAUGAUUGGUCGAGCACUCAGUCAUUACCUAAAUUUGAUGGGAAUUGCUGAAGCUCAUCAUAGGUUACGUAAACAGAAAAGUGUUCCACAAUUGUCAAAAUCAUGUGAUGAUAUCUUUGGUAAACUGAUUCAGGAAGGUGUAACUCCAGAGGACCUUUAUAAUCAUGUUUGUCAGCAGGAGGUAGAAAUUGUUCUGACUGCCCACCCCACUCAGAUUAAUAGGCGCACCUUACAAUAUAAACAUAUUCGAAUCGCUCAUCUUUUAGAGUACAAUGACAGACCCGACCUCUCUCCUGAAGAUAGAGAGAUGUUGAUUGAAGAUCUGGUACGGGAGAUAACCUCAGUUUGGCAAACAGAUGAGCUUAGAAGGCAUAAACCUACUCCAGUAGAUGAAGCUAGGGCAGGUUUACAUAUUGUUGAGCAAUCACUAUGGAGAGCUGUUCCUCAUUAUUUGCGCCGUGUCAGUAAUGCUUUGAAGAAGCACACUGGUGAGGCACUUCCCUUGACUAGUACCCCUAUAAAGUUUGGAUCGUGGAUGGGAGGUGAUCGUGAUGGGAAUCCUAAUGUGACUUCCAAAGUCACAAGAGAUGUGUCUCUAUUGUCCAGAUGGAUGGCUGUAGACCUUCUCAUCCGUGAAGUUGAUAGUCUUAGAUUUGAGCUUUCCAUGAGUCGUUGCAGUGAUGAAUUACUAAAACUUACACAUGAGAUUCUAAAACAAGAAAAAGAAACAAAGGAUAAGUUUGAAAGCCGGAAUCCACCUAUGCAGAGGAGUCCAGCCAAGUUUCAGUCCAAACUACCCACUGGAGUUGAUCUCCCUUCUUACACAGACUGCAAUAAUGGGGAUUCUCAGCAUCCCAAACUGGAGCUUCCUGGCACUGAUUACAUGCCAUUGAAUCGACAGGAUAGUGCGAAAAUUUCCAUCAAGCCAGGCACUCAGUCAACAGGAAUCCCUGGCAGUCCUUCAGGUCAAUUGGUGGCUCAAAGAAAGCUAUUUGCAGAGUCCACUAUUGGAAGAUCAAGUUUUCAGAAACUUCUGGAGCCAAGUCAGCCACAUCAUCCUGGAAUUGCCCCUUACAGGGCUGUUCUCGGAAAUGUGAAGGACAAGCUUAUGAGGACCCAGAAGCACCUGGAAAAUCUGUUAGAAGAGCUUCCUUGUGAGGCAGAUCCUGCUGAUUAUUAUGAAACAUCUCAACAACUUUUAGAACCCUUACUUUUAUGCUAUGAUUCUCUGCAAUCAUGUGGCUCUGGAGUGCUAGCUGACGGAAGACUAGCAGAUUUGAUACGUAGAGUUUGUACAUUUGGCAUGGUGCUGAUGAAACUAGAUCUCCGUCAGGAAUCUGGUCGACAUUCUGAAGCACUGGAUGCAAUUACAAAUUUCUUGGACAUGGGUUCAUACAGUGAGUGGGAUGAAGAAAAAAGACUGGAGUUUCUUACUAGAGAGUUGAAAGGAAAGAGGCCUCUAGUUCCACAUAGCAUAAAGGUGUCUCCUGAUGUGAAAGAAGUCUUGGACACAUUCCGUGUUGCUGCUGAGCUUGGGAGUGAUUCAUUUGGAGCCUAUGUGAUAUCAGUGGCAUCCAAUGCGAGUGAUGUACUUGCAGUUGAGCUUUUACAGAAAGAUGCCCGACUUGCUAUCAGUGGGGGGCUAUGCAGGCCCAGCAUUGGUGGAACGUUACGGGUGGUUCCGUUAUUUGAAACUGUAAAAGAUUUGAGAGGAGCUGGAUCAGUUAUCAGGAAGUUACUGUCAAUUGAUUGGUAUCGGGAGCACAUCAUAAAGAAUCACAAUGGACACCAGGAGGUUAUGGUUGGAUAUUCCGACUCUGGCAAGGAUGCUGGGCGCUUUACAGCUGCAUGGGAGCUCUACAAAGCCCAAGAGGAUGUGGUGGCUGCAUGUAACGAGUAUAAUAUCAAAGUUACUCUUUUCCAUGGCCGUGGAGGAAGUAUUGGUAGGGGUGGUGGUCCAACUUAUCUCGCCAUUCAGUCACAGCCUCCGGGUUCUGUCAUGGGUACGCUAAGGUCCACUGAGCAAGGAGAAAUGGUACAAACAAAAUUCGGACGGCCACAAAUUGCAGUUCGGCAACUGGAGAUUUAUACCACAGCUGUGCUACUUGCAACAAUGCGGCCACCUCUUCCGCCCAGAGAAAAAAAGUGGCGUGAUGUUAUGGAGGAAAUUUCAAAGGUUAGUUGCGAGAAUUACCGCAGUACAGUGUACGAAAACCCUGAAUUCUUGUCGUACUUCCAUGAAGCUACUCCUCAAGCUGAACUUGGGCACCUUAACAUUGGAAGCCGACCCACAAGAAGAAAGUGCUCAACAGCAAUUGGGCAUCUUCGUGCAAUACCUUGGGUUUUUGCUUGGACACAAACAAGAUUUGUUCUUCCUGCUUGGCUUGGUGUAGGAGCCGGCUUGAAAAGUGCUUGUCAAAAGGGUCAUGCAGAUGAUUUACGCGCAAUGUAUCAGGAAUGGCCAUUUUUCCAAAGCACCAUUGAUCUUAUAGAAAUGGUUUUGGGCAAGGCUGAUGUACCAAUAGCCAAGCUUUAUAAUGAUGAGCUUGUAUCCGAGUGUAGGAGAGAACUCGGUGCACAGUUAAGAAAGGAGUUAAUGAAUACCGAGAUGUAUGUGCUGGUGGUCAGUGGGCAUGCAAAGCCAUUGGAGGGUAACAAGACCUUGAAGAAACUGAUCGAAAGUAGGCUUCCUUAUCUUAAUCCAAUUAAUAUGUUGCAGGUGGAAAUUCUUAAGAGGUUGAGACGCGAUGAUGAUAAUCAUAAACUUAGAGAUGCACUGCUCAUUACCAUAAAUGGAAUUGCGGCUGGGAUGAGGAACACUGGUUAGUCCCCUUUAUAGCUCCGCAGAAUCACCAUUGACUUUCUCGUCAAGCAUUAUACCGUCUUUGGGAUACGUCAAAGGAAGUCACUAGGCAUCGGAUUCUUGCAUUUCUGUUUUACUCUGACUGAGGAGCUAUUGACACGCACAAGUUUAUAGCCUUAGUAAUCUUGUGAAUGAAAUAUUAUAUACAUCGAGAUUCUUUUUGAAGUCAUAUUUUGAUUUUAUUUAGGAAUUCAUCAUGUCAACUUUUUUUGUGA